AUGUCCCCAGAUACAUUUGCCAUUGAUCUCAAGCAGUUCAAAAAACUAGCAUUGGACCCAACCAAACCGAAACUAUCAGCAGAGGAGAAAGCUACGCUACAAGCCAACAUCCAACUACUUCGUGAUGUCAUCGUGUAUUUCACAGCGACUGGCGCAGCGAGAGGUGUUAGCGGCCACACCGGUGGAGCAUACGAUACCGUACCCGAAGUCUGCAUGUUGUUAGCUAUCUUCGAGCACUCUGACAAGUUCGUGCCCAUCAUCUUUGACGAAGCUGGUCACCGAGUUGCGACCCAGUAUCUCCUUGCCGCAAUGGAGGGUUCUCUUCCCGCAGAGCAUCUCUUGCACUAUCGGCAAGCCCAUGCGAAGCUUCCAGGUCACCCUGAGUUGGGUCUGACUCCCGGCGUAAAGUUCUCGUCUGGUCGUCUGGGGCAUAUGUGGUCCUUGGUCAAUGGUGUGGCUCUCGCCAAUCGUGGCAAGACCGUGUUUUGUCUGGGCUCCGACGGCUCGCAGCAGGAAGGCAACGAUGCAGAAGCAGCAAGAAUUGCGGUCGCGCAGAAGCUUAAUGUGAAGAUUAUCGUUGACGACAACGACGUCACUAUCUCUGGCCAUCCUUCACAGUACCUUCCGGGGUUCAGUGUCGCUAAGACGCUCACGGGCCACGGCCUCAAGGUAUUCCCUGUCCAAGGAGAGGACAUUGACAGUCUAUGGGGAGCCAUUAGCGGUGCAGUUACUCAUGAUGGACCUGCAGCUGUCGUCUCUAAGCGUGUCAUGGCUAUCGGCAUACCCGACAUCGAAGGCUCCAUAGACGCUCAUGAUGUCAUCCCAGUCAAAUCGGCGAAGAAGUACCUAGCUGCGAGAGGGUACUCUAACCUCGCAGGCGUUUACGACGACAUCAAACCUGUACCAAAUCCUUAUCUUUUCAUCGGGUCCACGAAAGAGCUGGGCGCGAAUCGCGUUGUGUUUGGAGAGGCAGUCAGUAUGGUUUUGGAUACCCUGAGUAAAGAGGAGGCAGUAGCAAAAGUUUUGGUGAUUGAUAGUGAUCUUGAAGGAUCGACCGGAUUGAAGGGGAUUCAUCAGAAACAUCCCGAGGUGUUCAUUUCUUCUGGGAUCAUGGAACGCAGCAACUUUUCCGCAGCUGCCGGGUUUGGAUUUGCCCCAGACAAGUUUGGCGUUUUCUCUACGUUCUCCGCGUUCUUGGAGAUGGUGAUAUCUGAGAUUACCAUGGCUCGUUUGAAUAACUGCAAUGUGCUCUCUCACUUUUCUCAUGCUGGAGUCGAUGAGAUGGCUGAUAAUACAUGUCACUUCGGUGUAAACAACAUGUUCGCAGACAACGGCCUCUCCGACGUCCAAUCCUUCCUAUACUUCCCCGCGGACGCCGCUCAAAUGAUCGCCAUAGUAAAGACAGUCUUCUUCAACCGAGGUCUCCGCUUCGUCUUCUCAACACGCUCCAAAGUCCCUUGGAUCUUGAAGGAAGACGGAACGAGGUUCUUUGAAGGCGAUUACAAGUUCGUUCCGGGCAAGGAUGACGUUAUCGUCGAGGGCAAGGCUGGCUACGUCGUUUCGUUUGGGGAGAUGCUUUAUAGAUCUUGGGAUGCUGUGUUGAGGUGCAGGGAGCGUGGCCUUGAUGUUGGUUUGAUUAAUAAGGCUUGUUUGAAUGUCGUCGAUGAGCAGAGUAUCAUGAAGAUUGGGCAAAGUCCCUUCGUUCUGGUCGUUGAGUCUCUCAAUCAGAAGACUGGGCUCGGGUCUAAGUUUGGAACGUGGUUGUUGGAACGUCAGUUGACACCAAGGUAUGGAUACAUGGGUAGCACGAAAGAAGGAUGCGGAGGGUUAUGGGAACAGAUUCCGUAUCAGGGUCUUGACCCUCAAUCUAUCAUAUUGAAGAUCAAGCAGCUUUCUCAAUAG